AUGUGCUGCGAGCGCCACAUGUUCGAGAGCCUCCAGUGGGAGGCGACGCGCCUCUGGCGCGCCCCGUCCUUCUCCUGGGCCAGCUUGGCGGACAACGUCUUCUACAACGAUAACUCGAUCGCCGCAAAGGGCUUCUACGUCUUCCAGGUCCUCGACGCUGAGGUCACGCGCCAAAGCAACCCUGUCUUCGGCCAGGUUGUCGACGCCUGGGAUGACAUGGAAGCGCCUCUGAUCGAGGCUACCCUUGAGACUCAUCUGCCCUACGACGGCAGUGACCUGUUCAACUACAACAACCCAGCGCCAUAUUCCUCCAUGGUCAGCCAGAGACGCUGUUCCUCGCGAAAGUCGGUGGGUGACACGCACCUAGCGCCGAGGCCAAUCCGCACCAUGAGCAGGGAUUUUGCCCACGGGCUUGGCAAAGCGGCGUACCGUGUUAGGGACAUUGGCAGCGUCGAGCUGAACCCGCCCGUGACGGUAUGGGUGAUGAUCGUAGGGUACUGGUGGGAGCACACAAAUAAGUACCCUAACGGCCAGCGGUGGGUGACAAGUAUCAUCCUGGGACGUUCGGAGAGUCUGCUCGGCGCAUACGAGCGCCUAGGGUACAGAAAUCAGCCGUGGCCGCCGUGGGAGAGGAUUCUGCAGGAGGACUUUGAUAGGAUCAACGCUCACGUCAAUAACGAGGGAGAGAAGUCACAUUGCCGUAUCGUUCAAGUGAAAUUAACUAAUCAAAAGUCUUUGUUCAAAGCAACUACCUAG